UUCACUGAUGUGGUUGGUAGUCCUUACUAUGUCACACCAGAAGUCCUGAAAAAAUGAUAUGGUCCAGAGGCAGAGGUCUGGAGUGCUGGAAUGAUCAUUUAUAUUCUUCUUAGUGGCGUCCCUUCAUUUUGGGCUGUUGAGAAAUUUGUCCUUAGCUUGUAUCUGCUUAGAGUUUGCUUAGACAGUUCAUUGAUAUGCAUCACCAGAUUUAUUUUUAUGUUUGUACAUAUAAACUGAUCUAGUGCUUCAUAGGUUACUAUUUAUCUAUGAUCUUCUCAACUAACAUGUGCUGCAAUUUACAUCACACCCAGAAACCGAGCAAGGUAUAUUUGAAGAGGUUUUACACGGCAAACUUGACUUUCAGUCAGAUCCAUGGCCCAGCAUCUCGGAUAGUGCCAAAGAUCUUGUAAGAAAAAUACUUGUUAGGUAGCCCAAGAAGCGGUUGACUUCUCCUGAUGUUUUGUGUAAGUUAUACUUUAAUCUAGAUGUCUUCGCUGUUGUAAGAAACUACUUGAAAUCAUGACUUUUAUCAGUGUGAUUGAUUUUUUAUUGCAUAAUCAUACUUCAAGAUAACAUUGGAUCACAUUCAUAAGACAAAAUUUUAGAUGUAACUUAGAUAGUCAAAUUAUCUCGACAUCACUAUCCCAUUACAUGCAGAAGUCAGAAGCUCUCUUGGAUUUGUCAGGUAAUUUGCCUAUCAUGAAUUUCAUGGCUUCUAAGGGAAUUAUGAUGGUAGAGUUCUAUGGUGAACUGAGCUUUCUCAAGUUACUGUUGGCUUCCUCCCAGGUCAUCCUUGGGUUCAGAUUGAUGGAGUGGCUCCUGACAAGCCUCUGGAUUCUGCAGUUCUAUAUCGCCCGUAACAAGUUCUGCAAUGAACAAACUAAAAAAUAUGGCUAUCAGAGUAAAUUUCAGAAGUCGAAUAAUUUUGGAAAUAAGGUUCUUGCUGAACACCUUUCUGAGGAUGAAAUUGCUGACCUUAAGGAGAUGUUUAAGAUGAUAGAUGCAGACAACAGUGGGCAGAUAACAUUUGAAGAACUCAAGGUUGGAUUGGAAAGGUAGAUGUUGAUAACAGCGGGACCAUUGAUUAUGGCGAGUUUAUUGCUGCCACUUUACAUCUGAACAAGAAAAAGAGGGAGGAUCAUUUAUUUGCAGCCUUCUCAUACCUUGACAAAGAUGGGAGUGGUUACAUAACUCAAGAUGAACUGCAACACUCUUGUGAAGAGUUUGGUGUCAAAGAUGUGAAGCUGGAGGAUAUGAUCAGAGAAGUAGCUCAAGAUAACAAAGAUGGACGCAUAGAUUAGAAUGAUUUUAUCGCUAUGAUGCAUAAAGGAAACACUGGAUUCAGCAAGAAAUGAAUGCAAACUAAUUUCAGUAUUGGUUUUUGGGAGGUUUUGAAGCUCGGUUAAUGAGGUUAGUUCCGAGGUUCAUAUUCUUUUCUUUUUUUUUGUAAUUAUUACUUGUAGAGUUGUCUUAGGACCUGAUAAUUGGGAACUGAGUCUCUAUGUUGUAUUCUAUUCAUAAGCCUGCAGUAGUUUUGAAACCCAUUACAAGUUUUAGAGAGCUUUGGUGCCCUUAAAAUUGCAAAAAUAUGAACAAAUUCACCUGAUGUACAGAUUUGUUUUUGAGAUUUGA